GUCUAGGUCGAGGCUCAUCACAUGAUCAGCUGCUGACCGCUGAUGGAUGCUGGAUUUUCAGGAUCUGUCGUCUCGAAGGUAGCAGAAGAUCAGCUUCGAUUCUUCAGUCCACAAUCGAGAAGCCUAUCCGGGCAACGAUAAAGCGCGAGUUUAUUCGGACGUGAGCGUUUCAGGCAGCAAAACUGGCGCUGUUGGUGGAGUGGAUGAUGAACGGACACGCCAUUCUGUACACCGGGGUCACUUUGGCCUUCUGGAGCACCAUCCUCAUCGUCGGUAUUUGCUAUACAAUCUUUGACCUUGGCUUCCGAUUUGACAUAGCAUGGUUUUUGACGGAGACGUCCCCAUUUAUGUGGGCCAACCUUGGAAUUGGUUUGGCUAUCUCUCUCUCUGUCGUCGGAGCAGCUUGGGGUAUUUACAUUACUGGCUCCAGCAUCAUUGGAGGUGGUGUCAAGGCCCCAAGAAUUAAGACAAAGAACCUUGUCAGCAUUAUCUUUUGCGAAGCUGUUGCCAUCUAUGGGAUCAUCAUGGCUAUUGUCAUAAGUAAUAUGGCAGAGAACUUCAGUGGCACAACACCAGACACAAUUGGGGCAAGGAACUACCAAGCAGGCUACUCCAUGUUCGGUGCUGGGCUUACUGUUGGCUUCUCAAAUCUCUUCUGUGGUAUCUGCGUUGGCAUCGUUGGCAGCGGGGCUGCCUUGGCCGAUGCUCAAAAUGCUAGCCUCUUUGUGAAGAUUCUCAUUGUCGAAAUCUUCGGCAGUGCUAUUGGACUGUUCGGAGUCAUCGUAGCCAUCUUGCAGACAUCAAAAGUAAAAAUGGGAGAUUAGAGAAUGUGGCGCCUGCAAGAUGAAUACACGACAGAAGAAACGCUGUGGUGCAGACACAGCCCGACUGUGUAAAUACAUAGUAAAUUAUUUAAAUGUAUUUUUUUUUUCUUUGUGUCAGUUUUUAACCAUUGUUUCCUGAAGAGUGAAAUAUGCGUACCACUUUGUCUUAAAAGGAGUUCAUGUUUAAAUCAAAUUCAGAUCCUUAAGACAAAAGCCUCCCCCUUUCACUGUACAUCAGAAUAAAAAUGCAAAACAAGUCAGAGGAGGAAGAUUCACUAAUGAAUCUUUUUUUUUUUAUAUAUAUAUGAAGAUAUUUUAUUGGUAAUAGGCAAAUAAAUAUAAACAGCCUACAAAAAUGUAGCCCAUAAAUGCAAAGAAUGGACUUUGAAGCCCCUUGAAAUAUUAAAUGGUACUAUUGUGAAAGGUUUGAAGUUCUGUAGGCCUGUAUAGUUUGCUGUGGUCGCUGUUCUGUACAAUACAAAAGUGAAACUUGCAACCAAUGUGGUUCUUUGGCUGUAUGCGAUAGUGUGGCUGUAAAUUCUGUCUGAAGUAUUUUUACUCCACUGUAUGCAGAUGUGUUUAAGAACUCAGCCUCCAUUAUAAUGGCAAGGAAGCCUCAGAACAUUUAAAUGUUCAUUUUCAUGUGUCAUGUUCAUCCACGAAGCAGUCAAUGGGUAGGGAUGUGCCAUCUCUACGGAAAUGUUAAUUACUCUAGAUCGGUUCAUCUCUAUUGGUCUAACACAACUAUUUAUACCUGACUCAUGCAGUUAUCUGGUUUACACCUACAGGGGCACUCUUCAGUUCUGUUUGGUUAAAAAUGAGAGGAUAUAAUAAUCUGGUGUGUGUAUGUGUGCGUGUAAAUAUUGGAGCACGUAAAAGUUUAUAUGUGAGGCAUGAGGGUGUUUACCAUUCUGUAUUUCCCUAGCUUUAUGUGGUCUUAAUAUUAUUUCCUUAUUUUUGUUUAUUAAAGCAAGUGGUCUUGAAUCCACAGGUAUCUGUGGUUGUAUCUCUUGACUGUAUUUGAACUUCUGUACAAAUCACGUCAUGUUAUCGUUGUUGCUCAGGUCACUGAAAGAAAUAUUCCAGCGUUUGUCCAUCUGAUUGGCCAUGGACAAUUUUGAGGCAUUUCUUUCUAUUAAAAGAAUAGAAGACUGUUGUAGAGGAGUUUCUGGAAACUGGUUGUCUGUACAGGAGAACAUUGAAAGCUUCAAAAUUGGUAAUUGAUUUUAUGCAACAGACAGAGAUUAGACUGCAAACACUGGAGUAUUCCUUUAACUCUAUAGGGUGGAGUGGAAGACCAUUAUCUGAGUUUCUUACAGGUUUAUUGGCUGUUUGGACAAUUUGUACUGUGAGUAGUUGAAAUGGUUCCAUGUUCUCUCGAUAGCUGUUCUGAUUCAGCCAAAAGAUCCUGGCCCCAAAACAACAGUUGGCCUUCACUUGGCUGUGUGGUGUUUUUUUUUAUUUUUUUAUUUUUUUUAUUUUAACCAGACUGAAUAAAUAAAUACUCUAGAAUAUCUUAUGUAAUCUAGAUCUGUAGGACUCAUAUAUGAUCAGUUAACAGUUUCAGCUCUGUUUCCUCUACUUAGAAAAGAACUGAAAACUCAUUGACAAAAAUCUGCUAACAAUAAAAGCGGUGGGCAAAUGCUUUAAUUAGAUGCUGGAGUAUUUCAUUAAUAAUGAACACCUGUCCUACACUAAUCUUAAAAAUAUGCAUUCCCUUAUGUUUUGUUGUGUGUGUGUGUGUGUGUGUGGGUUUUUUUUUUUUUUUUUUUUUUUUGGGGGGGGGGGGGUGUAGUUUCUGUUUAAAAUGUCCAGAUUAUAGCAAAAGGAUGUUCACAGCAGAAGUCCAAAUUUGCCAUUCACAACAAAAUAGCAAUCUUGUGUCAGAAGUUAGAUGUUUUACUUUCUUUCACGCUCUUGUUUUUCAUGUUUCUUUCAAAGUAUUCCAAUCAAAAUCAACACUGUUGUAAAGAUGCCAGCGGCUCAGGUCCUCAGGAGGUUCAAGAAGGACCUUUUAGAGACCCGGGCACCUUCCGGUGUCUAAGCUCAUAGCUUAGAAGUUCAGGAUUCUCAUGGCCUCUUCACCAUGAUCUCUUGACCAUGCCUCCAGUGAUUGUGUUUGAUAUGUUGAUGUGGUGAUUCCAUUGUUUUGACAUGUGCAAAAGUGGACCUCUUGACUUCAUAAUUGUCCUUGAACAAAUAAAACUGUCAAAAAAAAA